GAAACAGCUCGUCAACCACCUCCGUAGCUGUCUAGCCAACAUAGCCGAAAGAUUCAAGCUAUUUAUACACUUUUGGUGUAUAUUAGCUACCGUGUUUUAGACACACUUCUGUCGUAUCUACUUGUGAACCUAUUUAAUUUAAUAUUACGUUAUUUUGUAUUAGUCAGCUAUAGUAUCUGUCUGGUUAAAUUAGCACUAGCCUAGUCGCUAAUGAUAAUAGCUAGCUAACAUCCCCGAACAUGAGCUCCCUAAACAUCUCCCCUCCUGUUAAAGAAGAGGUCUGCUGGACGGAGAAAGAAGCUCUGGGGCUGAACAUUGUUGUGAAAGAGGAGAAGGAGGAGGAGGAUGUCACAGUAAAACAGGAAGUAGAGGGUGAGGCUGUUAAAGUGAAAGAAGAGGAAGACUCGUUCAGAGUGAAAGAUGAGGAGGAUGUUACUGUGAAAGAAGAGGAGGAUGUUACUGUGAAAGAAGAGGAGGAUGCAGUUUUUGGAGUGAAGAUGGAAGGGGAGAUUACUGUCACAUUGAAAGAUGAAGAGGUGGAGAUAGGAGAUCCGAUUAACAUCAGAGAGAGAAGUGACUACCGUGGGUCCUCUGGGGAGCCUCAACAAAAUCAUGAUGCUGACAUGGCAGAGAAGAGUCUCCCCAGAUCAAAACACCUCAAGAAACACCAGCGGAACCCCACAGAGAAGAAAUCUCAUUGCUGCUCUGACUGUGGGAAACAUUGCAAGUCUUCAUCAGAACUUAAAAUACACCAGCGAGUACACACAGGAGAUAAAUCUUAUAGAUGUACUCAAUGUGGGAAGAGUUACUUAAGAUCAAAAUCACUAAAAGUACACAUGAGAAUUCACACAAGAGAAAAAGCUUAUAGCUGUGAUCAAUGUGGGAAGAGUUUCACUACAUCUAGCUAUCUGACAAUACACCAGAGAACACAUACAGGAGAGAAACCAUAUAGCUGUACUCAAUGUGGAAAGAGUUUCACUCAUUCAAGCAACCUGUUAUCACACCAGAGAAAACACACAGGAGAGAAAUCUUAUAGCUGUGAUCAAUGUGGGAAGAGUUUUACUCAGUCAAGCAACCUGGUAUCACACCAGAGAACACACACAGGAGAGAAACCUUAUACCUGUGCUCAAUGUGGGAAUAGUUUUACUACGUCUAGCCAUCUGAUUGUACACCAGAGAACACACACAGGAGAGAAACCUUAUAGCUGUACUCAAUGUGGGAAGAGUUUCACUCACUUAAGCAGCCUGGUAUCACACAAGAGAAAACACACAGGAGAGAAACCUUAUAGUUGUGAUCAAUGUGGGAUGAGUUUUACUACAUCGAGCCAUCAGAUUGUACACCAGAGAACACACACAGGAGAGAAACCUUAUAGCUGUACUCAAUGUGGGAAGAGUUUCACUCACUUAAGCAGCCUGGUAUCACACAAGAGAAAACACACAGGAGAGAAACCUUAUAGCUGUGAUCAAUGUGGGAUGAGUUUUUCUACAUCUAGCCAUCAGAUUGUACACCAGAGAACACACACAGGAGAGAAAUCUCAUAGCUGUGAUCAAUGUGACAAAAGAUACUCUGAUAAAAGAUCUCUGAUCAAACAUCAGAAAAUACAUCUAACAUCUCCGACCAUGAGUUCACUAAGCCACUCUCCUCUUGAUAAAGAUGAGGUCGGCUGGGCGGAGAGAGAAACUCUCGUGAAAGAGGAAGAGGAGGAUGUCACAGUACAAAAACAAGUAGAGGGUGAGGCUGUUACCGUGAAAGAAGAAGAGAAAGACGUUUCAGUGAAAGAAGAGGAAUACUCGUUCAGAGUGAAAGAAGAGGAGGAUGUUACAGUAAAAGAAGAGGAGAAAGAGGAGGAUGCAGUUUUUGGAGUGAAGGAGGGGAACAUGACUGUCACAUUGAAAGAGGAGAAGGAGGAGGUAGAGGAGGUUGGAGAUCUGUUUAACACCAGAGAGAGACGAGACUAUCGUGGAUCCUCUCGGGAGCCUCAACAACAUCAUGAUGCUGACGAGGCAGAGAAGAGUCUCUCCACAUCAGAACACCUCAAGAAACACCAGCAGAAACCCACAGGAAAGAAAUCUCACUGCUGCUCUGACUGUGGGAAAUGUUGCAAAUCUUCAUCAGAAUUUAAAAUACACCAGCGAGUACACACAGGAGAGAAAUCUCACCACUGUUUUUACUGUGGGAAGAGUUACUCAUGUUCAGAUUCACUAAAAGUACACCAGAGAAUUCACACAGGAGAGAAACCUUAUAGCUGUGAUCAAUGUGGGAAGAGUUUUACUCAGUCAGGCUGUCUGGUAGUGCACCAGAGAACACACACAGGAGAGAAACCUAACCACUGCUCUGACUGUGGGAAAAGUUUCUCAAGAUUAGAUUCACUAAAAGUACACCAAAGAAUUCACACAGGAGAGAAAAAUUUCCGCUGCUCUUACUGUGGGAAACAUUACUCAAGGUUAAAUUCACUACAAGGACACCUGAGAAUUCACACUGGAGAGAAAUCUUAUAGCUGUGAUCAAUGUGGGAAGAGUUUUGCUCAGUCAGGCAACCUGCUAGUGCACCAGAGAACACACACAGGAGAUAAACCUUAUGGCUGUGAUCAAUGUGGGAAGAGUUUUACUCAGUCAGGCAGCCUGAAAUCACACCAGAGAAUACACACUGGAGAGAAACCUUAUGGCUGUGAUCAAUGUGGGAAGAGUUUUACUCAGUCAGGCAGCCUGAUAGUGCACCAAAGAGCACACACCGGAGAGAAACCUUAUGGCUGUGAUCAAUGUGGGAAGAGGUUUGUUGCAUCUAACUAUCUGACUACACAUCAGCGAACACACACAGAGCAAUCUUAUAGCUGUAAUCAAUGUGGGAAGAGUUUUACUCAGCCAAACACUCUGAUAGUACAUCUGAGAACACACACAGGAGAGAAACCUCAUGGCUGUGAUCAAUGUGGGAAGAGAUACUCUGAUAAAAGAUCUCUGAUAAAACAUCAGACAAUACAUACCUGAACGAGUUGUUUCAUGAUAUCAAUGAAAUAAUGUCACAAUGUAGAACCCUAAAUGUUUGCCCCCUGUUCUAUUGAUUUGAUGAUGGAAAAUCCAGGCUCUGAAAUGAAUGAGUACUAUUUAUAUGAUUUAACAAAGUGAGUAACAAAAAGAGUUGUGUUAUACUUACCACGUUAGUGACCCACUUGAAUCAAAAUGCAGCACUUAAAUGUAGCAAGCUCUUUUCUAGAAAUUGUCCUCUAACCAGUGAUGUACACAUUAUUCACAGAUUCUGUGUGGUUUCUGAGCUGUUAAUUUUAACAUGAUGUCCCCCCCUCUCUUGCGCAAUAUGAGUGAUGACAAAUACGUGUUGUUUUUCUCUUAGUGUUGGGGACCCAUAAACUCAAAAUGUAGCUGACUGUCUUCUCCAGGUUGUCCUCUAACCAGGGUGGUAAAAUAUAUCUCCCAUUUCCAUGUUUUUGUUGUUGUGUUAGUUUCAACAGCACGUACAAUCUGAAUUCCCCCCUAAUCGAUAUCAGUGAUUUAGUUUCAAUGUACUUGCAGCCUAUACACAUGGACGCAGUAUAAUAAAUUGGUCUAUAAUCAAUUUUCUUAACAAUCCUACAUCACUCCAUGACAACAUUCAAAUACUAAUUGUCUUUAUUCCACUACUGAAGAAGCAUGUCUCAAAUCACCUCAUAUUUCAAACAUCCAGCCUGACAAAAAAUACAUGUUUUAUUAUUCCAUGCCUCCCCAUUCAGAAAGAAGCUCUGCAGUGAGGUGGAAAGUUACUACGGAUAUUGCAGGAGUUUCCUCUUGAAAUCAUGUCCGUGGUAAGGACAACUUGGUUGCUGAUUGUCUCAAGGGUGGCAGUCAAAAAGUUUUGUGUUUAGCCAGUGCGUUGCCAUGGAUCACAAUUUAUUUUGACUGCACAUUUUUCUUUAUUGGAGAUGAGUUUUGUUUGGGCUCCUUCCAAGGGGACGAGAUACUACGGAUAUUAAGGAGAGUUCUAGAAACGAGUGAGUUUUAGAAAGAGGAGUUCUAGAAGCUAAAGAGUUUUAGGAUUCUAUAGAAAGAAAAAGGAGAAAAAAAUAAUACGAUUGUAUAUUAAUAUUUAGAAAUACGUGUUUUUUCUUAAUUGUUGACAGCCAGUAGACACCAUGUUUAUAUUGGUGAAGGUGAAGCAUUGUAGUUGAUUAUCAUGUGAAAUUGAAGUUUUUUUCUGUUGGUAAGCAAACUUGUCCAACAAAAAUAUAGGAUAUAUUUGUUUUCUUAAGGGGGAAGGUGUUACAGGCUUUGGUUUUUCCAUUUAUGCUUUGAGGUUGGACUUUAGCACGUAUAGCUCGUUAAUACGUAGGACGCACUGAUUGGUGUCACCUCGUUAGUCAGUAUGUGUUACACCUGUGCUGGCUUGUCCAUCUCGUUAGUGGGAAGGUGUUUCACCUGAGCUGGUCCAGGUUUUAUUUAAGAGUGUCUGGCCCAGUGCUCCAGUUGUCUUGAUAAAUGUGGAGAGUCAACACCUUUUAGUUGAGCCACCUUUUUGGUUUGCUUCCUGUCUUUUAGUUUGUUGUGGGUUUUUCUUCUUGGGCAGAUUUAGUGGGUGUCAUGGUUGCUGUCAGUGACUCUUUGUUAGUUCCCUCUUCUAUUUAAGUGACAUUUCUGGUUUUCCUGCUGGGGAACGUAAUAACAAACAAUGUAGUAAAACAAACGUAUAUUUUGGGUUGGAGGUUGCAUCAAAUUUUUUAUAUUUUAAUCAAUGGCAUUUCCUUAGAAUGCUCAUUAGACUUCCAGUUGUUAGUCUUGUUUUAUAUCCUCAUGUAUGUUGUGUACUAAAUAUUGUUUAUUUCCUGUGAAGCCAUCACCUUCCAUCCAUGUCUGAAAUGUGCUGUUUAAAUAAAGCUUAAUUUUAUUUGAACAAACAAA